GACAGAAAGACAUUAAUUGAGUUACAAUCCGAUACAAUGGAACUGAUUGUGUUGAGCACAAUGUGGUUUUCAGUGCUUCGAAGGAAAAAUGUGAAGAAAAAAAAUCCAUAAAGUUUCAUUUGUGUGAGAUACACAACCUACACAAAUUGAAGUUUAUUUCCACGUUGAUCGCAACGAAACGUAUAUUCAAAAGACAAUGGGGGAGAUAUUUAGAAUCCAAAAUGAAAGAGAACAAAAGAAAGGUUAUUCAUGAUUCAUUGUGCACAAUUUCCAUAGUUCAACCUCUUGUGGAAAGCAAAAAUCGUCAACGCAUAAUUCAUCAGCGCAAAAAUCGUCAUCAAUUCGAUUGUGGAAAUUGUCGCCGGCAAAAUGGUUCGGAAAGUAAUCCGCAAAAAGCAUCCCAGCUUGAUAACACCGAAAACGCGAUUCUGGAAGAAAAUUCAAGGCGAUUUGACGGACGAUCAGAUGCUACGGUUGGUGAAUUGUUUUGUGGGGCUAAAGCGAAACGGUCAGCUGGAACGUCAUGUAAUCAUGAACCGACCAACAACGCACAAGGGUCGUCGCCAUUCGAUUCAUGUGUCAAAUGGAGCAAAUGUACCCCAAGCGGAAAGUGAAGUUGAACAACGGCCACGAGCAAAGCGAGAUCGAAGUUUCAGCGUUAAUGUUCCACGUGAUCUGGCGCUACUUGAUCAGAAUUUGAAUGAAAUAAUCGAGGAUGAAAUCACACAAAGUGCACCGAUCGAUGAAGUAGACGAAGGUCAAGUGGAUGAGGUGCAAGUGGGAGAAAAUGAAGUGGACGAAGUUCAUGAAUCGGAAGAAAACCACGAGCUGGCAAAAUCACCCAGUCCCGAACAAGCAUUGCCCAUCGAUGAUAGUGGCUUUGAAAGUGAGGAGAGCAUUCCAGAAUUUCAAGCGACCGGUCAACUACAGUAUGACGACGACAGUUUCUUUGGUGAAGGCUUCCCUCAAGCGGAUGGCAUUGAUCUAUCGAUUCCAGCCCCUGAAGCAUUUUUUGUCCGAGAGCAACAAAAGACUGCUGAUGCAAUCGAUAUUGACACCUCGCGUGAAACAUCCAGUCCACGUGCAGGUGAAAAUGCAAUGGCAUCGGACGAACUUGAGGAAAAUGGCGACAAUUCUGAUUGUGUUGACCCCCAUAGCAUGCAUCCAGUCAUUGAAAGCGACCCGUUGGAUUUGAGCACAAGUGAAGCAAACGAUUCGAGCCACAUGAAGGUGUUGUCACCCGAUUCCACUACCGUUCCAGAAAUUGAAGUCGACCCGAAUGUGAUUGAUCUAACACAGGAAGACUUGAACUCAAGCGAAAAUGAAUCAACAGAAGAACUGUCCACAAGUGACAAUGAAACAUCGAACGGAGGAAAAAGCCGUCCACUUGACUUGUCAUUGCCAAAUAAUGAUUCACUUGUUGUGUCUGAGCCAAUGGAAACAGAUCACUCUGAGCCAAUGGAAAAAGAAGACGAUGACACACAUCAAGUUACGUCUUCUGAAUCACACUCUCAUCAAGUCGAAGAAGAAAUCGUUCGUGAUUCAGACGAGGUGAGCUCAGAUUCAGCCGAAGUUUUGAGUGGCGUGAAUGACUCAUCGAUGAAUUCGACGGCCAAUCCAGAAUUUGAUGCCACAGAAGCUGCACCGAAUGACAUUGCCCAAAUGACGGAAGGAAUGGCUUCAAGUGACAACGAAACAGUGAUGAAUGAAGUCACCGAUGUUCCAGUGGCGGUGCCAAAGGAGGCGGCCCCACUUGAAUCGACCAUGCAAAUGGAAAUCGAUCACUCUGAUGGUUUGCAAACUGAUGACGAAGACACUCACCAAAGUCAAAUCGAGCAUGUGUCUACCGCCGGUCAGCAACGAAUUGACGAAGAAACGGUUCAUGAGCCAGCUGACUCAUUGGAGGUGAACGCAGAUGCAACCAUCGAUUUGAGCGACGUGGAAGUUUUGCCGGCAAGUCAAACGGCAAAUCUAGAACGUGAAGUCACAGACACCGCCACGGAAACAACUCCAACUGUCAUUGAAACAUCGGGCGAAGCUGCUCGCGAGUUUGCGGUAACAGUGUCAAAGGAAGCGGUUCCAGAUGAAUCAAUGGAAAUCGAUCACUCUGAUGGUAUGCAAACUGAUGACGAAGGCACUCAUCAAAGUCAAAUCGAGCCUGUGCCCACUGAUGGCCAGCAACGAGUUAAAGAGGAAACGGUUCAUGAGUUAACCGAGUCAUUGGAGGCGAACACAGAUGCAACCAUCGAUUCGAGCGAUGUGGAAGUUUUGCCGGCAAGUCAAACGGCAAAUCUAAAACUUGUCACAGACACCGCCACAGAAACGAUUAGUCCAAUGGAAGAAAUGACUUCCGAUUCCAAUGAAACAUCAGGCGAAUCUGCCGAGCUGUCAAAGGAAGCGGUUCCAGAUGAAUCAAUGGUGCCAAUGGAAAUCGAUCGCUCCGAGGCCAUGCAUCAUGAUGGCGAUGAUACGCAACAUGACGAAGAAGAUCCGAAACAAUUUCAAGGAGAAACGCAACAUCGUCAAGGGGAGAUGCACCACAAUCAAGUUGAUUCUAUCAAAGAUUCGCAAGCAGAGGAAGAUGCUCCGAAUUCGCAGACGAAGAUAGUUGUCAUCGAUGUUGCAGCAUCAAUCGUCACACACUUGGCUAAACCAGCCGAUACAUUGAUGUCGCAAAUCAAGGAAGAGAAUCAAACCGGCAACGAGAACAACGGUUCUGAGCAUGACGAAUCGGCAGUGCAUUAAGAGCAACAAUUCGCUAAACGUUUUCGCAUUUUUUGAUCCGCAGUAAUUUUUCAAUUUUCAUUCUGCAUUUUAUUAAGUCGUUAAGUCCAUUUUUCAUUCCAAUCAUGCAUUUUUACUUAUGUCAUUCAAAUUUGAUGGGACAACAGUAGCACAAUUUCAUCGCACCAAAAUGUUUAGUUGAAAGAGAGACAUUUUUUUUUGAUUGUGAACCACGAAGUUGAUUCGUGAUAUUCGUGAGGGAUAAGUUUACAUUUGAUUUGAGAUUUUGUUCAUGUAAAUUUGCUUCUUUGAACUAUUGAAUUUUUAAAUUGAAAUUCACAUUUGUCUCAUCGAAACAUGAGUGUCAAUCAUCAUUAGCAAUGCGGUAAAAACAACAAUUUUCAUUUUCAUCAAAAUUCGAAUGAACUUACUUCACUUCGUUAUCUUAUGCACAUUCGUGACUGUGUUUAUGUAUGACCUAUGGCGAAAUAAAGAAAAGUGAGCAACUUUAUUUUGUUAUGAAUCAAUUUAGUCUUGUACUGUGGCUUAACGAGCUUUGCCAUGACAAAGCAAUUGGAUUCUUUGGAUUUGGAAUCACAAGGCGAUUGGUUUGAAACGAAAAAUGUCAAAUCGUUUGUCAAAUUCUUCUGUUGAUGGAAAAGGGAGCUUUCAAUAUCGAUUCAGCAUGAAUAUUGGACACAGAUCAUCACAAAUAUUCAGCUUGGGAUACCGUUUGCAUUGCAAAAUUUGUAAAAAAUAGAAUUUUUUCAGCCUUUGUUGCGAUAAAUAGUGCAUUAGCAGUUGAAUCAGGCUGAUUUUGAACAAUUCCACCUAAAAUAAUUGCAUAAUUCAUUUUGUCCUACAUACCAAAAGCGAUACGCAAUCAAAUAUUCCAAUUGUCAGUGCACUUUCAAACAAAAUAUGCGUUAUAUUAGCGACUUUUAAGCGAAAAAAUGCCCAAUUUGUUGAUAGUUUCAUGCAAAAAUUGUUUGUACAUUAAUUUCUAUAGCCUAAAAUUCAACUGCAGUGCCAAUGCACGAAAUUCCAUAUGAAAAAAAAUAACUCAUUGCGUCUAAGGCACAUUUUUCGAUAUCAGCAAAAAUUGAACUGAAUUCGCGCUGCGUUGCAAUUGCGUCAGUGGUCAGUCCGAAAAAUUGGUUUUCAUUUUGUUCAAAUCCAUUUUUUAUUUCAGCUGACACAUGCAUAAUUGACAUGAAAAUGGAGCUCAAUUGGCGAUUCACAUUCGAUUCGUAUCGCAUUCGUCAUUUGCUCAGCAACGAAACAACUUUUCCUUUGCCGUUUGCUGUAACCUGUGGAAUUUUGUUUUAAACGCCAAUCUAUCGAUAUGGCUCGCACAAGCGAUCAGUCUAAUGGUUUGUGAUUUUGUGAAUUUUCCUUUCUUUUGGUUUUUGUGUUCGAAAUAAUUGUGGAAUUCAACGGCUAAGACAUUUAGAAAUGCAGCGAAAAUUUAAAAAUAUUUGGAUUUGUGUAGAAAAUUAGUGCAAUUCGUCAACGAUUUGUGAUUUAUUUUUAAGAAUCUUUCAGAAAAAAUAGCGGAAAUUGAAAAUCAAAGUUCUUCGAAAUCAAAGAAAUAUCGGAAAUUUAUGCCGAAAAAAUAUGUUUUUCGAUAGAAAAUCAGUUUCAUUCCUAUGAUUUGUGAUAAAUUCUUCAGUUUGUUUUGAUGUUUUUGAAAAAUAGUGGAAUUCGAAUCGUUCAAAACCUUCAAAAUCAGUGAAAUAUCGAAAAUUCACAAAGAAAAAAUUAUUUCUCCAAAAAAAAGUUAGCUUCAUUCUUAUGACUUGUGAUAAAUUCUUUCAAUAUAUUUGGACUAUAUAACGAAAACGGAGUGAAAUUAAAUCGUUCAAUUCCGUGAAAAGACGUGAAAAUAUCAGCAGAAAAAAUUCGACCAUUUGUGACUUGAUUUUUAAGUUUAUUCUGAUUUUAGUGAAAAUUAAACCAUGAAAAUCACCAAAAUAUCGAAAGUUGAUUGAAAAAAUAUUUUUUAUGGAAAAUCUGUUCAAUUUCGACGUUUUGUGAUUAGUUUUUUUUUUUGUUUUUUUUUUUCUUCGAAAAAUAGUGACUUGAAAUCGGUGAAAUAUCGAAAAUUUAUAAUUUUUUUUAAUAAGUUCAAUUUCGAAAGUUCUGAAGUUUAAAAAAAAUAUCCGCUGUUUCUGAACGAUAGUGAAACUAAAUGAAAAUCUCCAAAAAAAGCAGUGGAAUCUCGAAUAUUUUUCCAAACAAAUUUCUCUUGAAUAAUCUGCGAUGAAAUUUUUUUUUGCUUAAACCCACAAAAGUGUUUUGAAUUGAUUGUGUUUUUUUUUCGAAAGAAACAAAAUCAAUUUAGUGAUUGUUUCAAUUCAAUUAGCCGUUGAAAGUGGUUUAUUUUUUGUAUUUGGUUAACCGAAUGAUUUUUUAACAGAGUUUUUUUUUCUAUUUAUUCUAUAGAUACGCAGCAGUUGCUGAUUUGCAACAUUCGUUCGGCGGGAACCAAGCGUAUAUUUGCUAUCAUCGGUGUGAUUAGUGUACUAUUGGUGUUUGUGCUAUUUUCAUUGUUGAGCAAUAGUGCUCAUAAAAGUGAAGAAAAUAAUAUCGACCGACAUAAAAGAUCUACGAUUCCGGACGUCGUAACAAUUCGAGGGUAUCAAAAUGAUGGUGGACACAAAAA